AUGCGGAAUAUAACGUUUUGGAUAUUUUUAUGCUUAGUGAUUUUUUUUAAUUCUUCUUCAUGCCGCAAAGUCUAUGAUGAAAUUCCCGAUAAGAACUUGUCCCAUUGUUCUAGAAAACUAAACGUCACUUCUGAAGUUGGUUGUUCAUCAAAAUAUCCGAGUAGUAUCGGCGAAUUGAUUAUAGAAGAUGAUUUGAACAGUUUAAAAGAGUCUGUUAAGAAUGCUUCCUCAGAUUUAAUGGUUGUAAUUCCACUUGAAUUAUUCAUAAACAAGGACUUAACUGAAUUUCUUCGUAAUUCUGAGAGGGUUUCCGGGCUACUUGUAUUUUCUCCAAAUUUCCCAAACUCAACUGCAUUUGUAUCAAAUUUUUCUGAAAAUAACCACUGUCCAAACGGUAAUUUUACAUUCUACAGUGAUAGUCAUAACAUCUGCGGUAAUAAAUUGAGUUGGAAUCCGUAUGCCUCCGAUUAUGCCACGACUUCUUGGCCUUUUCCAGUUGUUCUUGCCGAGGGCAAUAAUACAGAAACUUGGAACAAAAUUGUCAAGUGUCAUAGUGUGUAUAAUAAGGCGCCAAUUGACGAUACUCGCUGCAUGAUGGAGAUUGGAAAUUUCAUGUCUGCCGUGCUUUCGUCUCAAAAGUGUUACGAUCGUGAGUCGUUGCAGAGUAUGCACUUGAGUUUAACCUCUUCUUAUUGCGAGGAAGUCAGCGGUGUAAAUCUAGCUCUUCGUGCUCGAAAUACUACGGUCUCGGAAGGUUCGGAUUCCACCAGAGUGGAUCCAACAAUUCUUGUGAUUUCGCGAAUUGAUGCACUGAGUAUGUUUGAUAGAAGUGCAUCUUCGGCUCUCUCAGUUCUUCCUGCUGUCAGUGUUAUAAUUUCUGCUGCUGCGCAUUUGCUCAAUCAGGCGGAUGUUAAGUCCGGUAGGCUUCACAAGAACCUCCUUUUCGUCCUCUUGGACAAUGAGGCAUUGAGCUUCACGGGCUCUCAACGCUUCUUCUUCGACCUUACUCAUGAUCGAUUGGCCCGCUCCUCUGGUCUCCCAUUCAAACCUGAUUCCAUCGAAUCCAUUAUCGAGUUAGCCGGCAUUGGUCUACCUCAAACUACAGCUGCAAACGACGCACCCAUAUAUUACCUCCUCUCUGAUCCUAAUGUCACCCAAUAUUUCCAUCAAGAAGAAGCUACUUCGUCUCUGUGGAGGACAUUAAACGCAUCAGCAAAUGGUGGAGUUAUUCUUUUGAACGGCAGUUCAUCUGUUGAAACAACAAUUCUACCACCGAGUGCAUCCUUACAAGCCCUGCUACGGUUUUUUAUUAAUCGAAAGCUCCCAAUUAGUCAUACCAUCAUUUCUGAUCGGCCUGCUGGGCCACCCUUUGCGGAUUACUUUCUUGACUCCUUCCUGGAUACGCAAUGGCCAGCCCGAAAUGCCUCGGAUGACUAUCUCAAUCGAUUGGCGAAUCUCCUCGCUGAUGCUCUCCACAGAUUGGUUGUGGGAAAUGCAUCACAACCGAUUUCAGAACCGAUAAGUGGAGUGAAACCCGGUGAAUUGAUGAAUUGCUUCCUGAAAGAUCCUGGUUGCGAGCUCCUACGGUUGCAUUUGGAGCCUGAGGUGGUUGAUUUCUUGCUGAGUCUACGCAGGCCCAUCCCAAUGCAGACCUACGACGCGGUUGACGGCCGGGCCUGGCGAGUUUCCCAUGUUGCGUCUCAUCUCUUAAUGGGCCUCACCGGUGAACGCCUUAAGGAAUGCCCACCUAAGGAGGAGUAUGGAGCGUUUACCUACAUGUAUGGAUACUACAAUGGUUCAUGGUGGUGUUACCGCAGUUUGGUGGAGGCGGGAACUUCCUUUUUCUUCCUUGAAAACGACAAAGUGGCAGCUCCUGGUUGGGUUCGAUCCACUCCAUACCAGGGUCGUCGCUACGUGCGUCUCUUCCGUUCCUCCUCGCCCUCCAACGACAUGGUCGCUCUGGUUGUAGGUAUCUUCUUAACUCUCACUACGGCUAUUCUUGCCUAUUUUGGACGACGGUACUCUCAACAGCUUUUUGUUCAACCCUGUGACCUACCACAAACCCGACGUGGAUGUUAA